AUGAUUUUUGCUAAUACUGGAAACCCACCGAGGACAUCGUAUCGCAAACAGCCACUUAUUGCCCCUUUGUCACACCCGAUGGCUCCACCUAGCCCAAGCACUAACAGCAGCACCAACAACAGCAGCAGCAGCAGCACUGCAGGCUGGGACCAGCUCAGCAAAACCAACCUCUACAUCCGAGGCCUGUCGCCUUCAACCACAGACCAUGACCUGGUCAAGCUCUGUCAGCCGUAUGGCAAAAUUGUAUCAACAAAGGCCAUCCUGGACAAGACUACAAACAAAUGUAAAGGAUAUGGCUUUGUGGACUUUGACAGCCCAGCUGCCGCUCAGAAAGCUGUGGCUGCCCUGAAAACCACUGGUGUCCAAGCUCAGAUGGCAAAGCAACAAGAACAAGACCCAACAAACUUGUACAUCUCCAAUCUGCCCUUGUCGAUGGACGAGCAGGAACUGGAGAACAUGCUGAAGCACUUUGGCCAGGUCAUAUCCACACGCAUCCUGAGGGACUCCAGUGGCGGCAGCAGAGGAGUGGGCUUUGCAAGGAUGGAAUCAACUGAAAAAUGUGAUGCAGUCAUUUCUCACUUCAAUGGAAAGUUUAUUAAGACCCCCGCGGGUGUUCCAGCGCCACCUGAGCCCUUGCUGUGCAAGUUUGCUGAUGGUGGACAGAAAAAGAGACAAAGUCAGAAUAAAUUUGCCCAGAAUGGUCGGGGGUGGGGAAGGGACGCUGACUCCAGACUGGCUGGAAUGACUCUCACAUAUGAUCCUAGUGCGGCUGCUAUGCAAAACGGAUUUUUCCCACAAGCAUACAGUAUUUCAAACAGGAUGAUUGCUCAAACGUCCAUGUCUCCGUACAUGUCUCCGGUUUCAACAUACCAGGUGCAGAACCCAUCCUGGGUGCCUCAUCAGCCCUACAUCAUGCAGCACCCAGGGACAGUGAUAUCGCCCUCUAUGGACCCAUCUAUGUCACUACAGCCUGCUUCUAUGAUGGCCCCACUCACACAGCAGAUGAGUCACCUCUCUAUGGGCAGUGCAGGAACGUUUAUGGCUGCUAACACAGCUAUGCAAGGAGCAUAUAUCCCGCAGUAUGCACACAUGCAGACAUCAGCUGUUCCUGUAGAGGAAAAUGGUGCACAGUCACAAGUGGACUCAUCCGGCAAUCAUUCCCCAUAUUCCUACCAACAAACCAAGUAGUGCUGAGGUAUCAUUUGGACAACCGCUCAAACAAUCCUGUCUACAAAUGCAAUGGAUGCUAAGGAGCUUUUCACUGUUAUUGCACAAGUCCCGCAAACGUUUAAGUGAGACUAUUUUUGGUAUCAUUUCCAGAGAGAAUAUCAGAGUUCAACAAAUGAUUCAAAUUCUAUUUAAAAGAGAGUUUUGAAAGUUUUAUUUUCAUACUAGAAAAUGUUUAUUUUUUACCACGGAUUGCCGCAGGACACAAGAAAGAAUUACGUGACUAGUUGUUCAAGGUGCAUGAGAGUAAAUCUGUCUUUUUGUUAAUAUUUCCAGAUUUUCCUUUCCUCCGAGGACAUUUUUGCAAAUGACGUUUUUUGUGCUUGCUGUGUGAGUGUUGCUAUGGUGAAGUGUUAAGUGUUGUUUUCUUGUACAGUGGUUUCCUCUUAGUAUUUUAGAUUGAUCUUGCUGUCUGAUUAAAAGUUUGCCUUCAUUGUUUUGAUACAGUAGUUGUACAGACCACCACAGAGAGCGGCAAUAAGAGGUGCUGAGGGCUGUUGCCUUGGAAAUGAGCUGUGUAGGAAGUUUGUUUUUUUGUUUUAAUGAAAUCUAUGUUUUUAUUGCUUUUCCCUCCCAAAACUGAUAAGAAAGUAGGAUACGUUUUUAGGGAAAAUGUUUUGAAUGAAAUGAUUUUAAUGGAUGUAAUAUUUAUUUGGUAAGGAGACCUUAUAUGUUUCUGGAUGUUGGAAUGUGUUAGAGUUCCUGCUCACCUUUUGAUCUUGCCUUUUUGAUUACUUGGUAUUGUAGAAUAGCUGAAAUUGAACUUCCUCAGUGGGGUGGGGGAAUGAGAAGGGGCAAAUGUGUUUUUGUUUGUUGGUCAUGGUUCUGUCUUUUUCGGGUGAUGUUAAUUGUUAUUUUGAUGGGGUGUGUCUUUUUCAUUUUUUAUUUGAGAAAACAAACAAACUAGCAGGUAAACAUAGACUUAUGAUUGUGCAAAAACAAUAAACUCAUCUAAGCCUUGUAAUAGAACUUAGGCAAAAGUUCAAGUUGGGGGGUAAAAAAACGAGAUGAAUAUGUGUAUGUUUUCGCACCUCGCUCUUAGGAAACAAACAAACUUGGCACUUUCAGUUGUAGUUUACUUCACCAAAGAUUGCGAGCUAGUAGGCUGAGGAUAUAGCAUCAUUUUGUCUCUGUAACCAGGACAUAAGUGACUCCGCAAACUGGAUUCUGCAGUUUGGACAGUGUGCCUUUUUUGUAUAUUCACAUUCAGUUGUCAUUAGUAGGUUAUAAACACAGUACAGACACACACGCAAGCAUGAAGGAAGGCCUGGAUCCAACAAGUGCCACAGAUUAAUUUCAUACUUAGUAAAAGUCAAAAGUAAGACAGUAAACUAUGAAAGGAUAGUGCUACACUAGCAAUAUGAUAAGGGCUGCAACUAUUGAUUUUUUUCAUUGUUGGUUAAUCUGAAUUUUUUUUUUUUAUCUCAGUUGAUGAGUUGUAUAAAAUGUCCAAAAUUGGAUGAAAAUAGAGAUCAUUUCCCAAAGCCCAGGAUGAUGUCCUCAAAUGUCUCAUUCUGUCCACAACCCAAAGAUAAUCAGUUUACAGUCAUAGAGGAGUAAAGAAACCUGACGAUAUUUACUUUUGAGACUCAGACAAUUAACUUUUUUAUUUCUAAGGUGCAGUAUGUAAGAAUUUUAGUCUAAAAUAUUUAAGAAUUACCUAAAAUUAUCAACAGAAUGUGAAAAAGUAACAGUUUUGGUGUUGUGUUGCAGAGAUAGCUAUUGAAAUUAGGGUGAUAACCAGCUGACUCCUGGUGACAUUGUACUCCAAGAGGUAACAGUUCACUAGUAAACAACACCAAACACUACCCCAGUGCCCCAAGCUCCCAGUCAGGGCAGAGUCAACUAAUCCAACCACUAGCUACAGGACUAAGUUCUCUAGCUAACGCAACUAUAGUUAGCGGAAGUUAGCAGCUAGACUGAUAUGCUGUCCAGUAUUGUUUUGAAUUUGUCAGGUCUCCAAUUCUUAUAUAUUGCACAUUUAAACCAAGUACUCAAUUAUGGAAAAACUUAGCAAUUCAUUUGAUAGUUCCAAUGAUCGAUUUAACUGAUCAGUGGUUGCAGCUCUAAAUCUGAUAUGAUAUAGCACUAAAAAGAAGUGAUUUGAGAUAUAUAUAUAUAUAUAUAUAUAUAUACACACACACACACACACAAUGGUGGAUUAAAGCAGGCUUGUUGAUUAUUGUGUCCUCCAUUAAGCCUGUGAUUCGACCUGGCGGUCAGUCAGACCAGUUAUCUACCUCAGAGUUUUCCUUCCCUCUCUGUACUAGGUCGGGUUAGCAGGUCCAGCCCGCCCUUCCAGACCAAAUGCCAUGCUCAGGAGCUGGCCACAUACAGCUGUUUCCUCAUAGGUUGUUUUGAAUUUUCUUCAUACCUAUGUUUUUGGGGGGUUUUUUGUUUUUGUUUUUUUAACGAUGUGAUAUUGUAACCAUUAGGGUGGGGGGGAGGGGGUGGGAGGGGCCACAACAUGUUUCUCCUCACAUUCACGCAUUCAGUUUAAAGAGCUGCUGCUUGUACGCCGAUAGAUUCCAGACGCUGAUCUAAGAUGUUAAAGACCAACAAUGACAACAAAGCGUCGUGUUGCGUUCAUUGGAUCUGUGCUCCUUGAAACAAACAUGUUUGUUGCUUUUACUGUCUUGGGUCUAGACGAUCUCACAGCAGCAUUUCCUGUGUAGUUAGCUAGAGUGUGCAGCAAGUGUAAAGGGCGGCCGAGAUUAUACUUGAGAUAUCUUUGUAAUGCCUGAGACUGAGAAGUAAUACUGUCUUGUGAGGUUCAUGCUGCUAGUGGUGUCUGAACCAAGUGCCAUAGUAUCUGGGUCAAGAGUGGCAGAGGUGCAUCCAAUAAAAAUUGCUCAUAUAAGUAACCACCAUGUUGAACAGUCAUUAAGUUAUAUGAAAAAUUUCUAAUUUAUGAGGAGUUUUGUACAGACAGCUUGAGGAAAUAAGAGUUUUUCAUAGAGCUAUAUGAAAGUUUUUUUUUUUUUUACUUGUGCCACACAAUUGCCAGUGGUAACUUGCAUGUACAGUUUAAUUUCUCCUCUGUACUUUUGUUUUGUAGUGUUUGUUAAAGCCAAAGACUUUUAUUUCAGUAGAUUGUUGCCUAAGGUUUCAUUUCUUUGACAUUUUUGAAUAAAAAUUUUCAACUUUUGA